AUGGUACCCCUGGGUCAGCCUGAGAAGGGCAUUACCUUGUCUCAUCAGAACGCCAUAUUCCGUGAUAUCAAACUGAUCGGUUCUCUUGCCGCGGACACUGAUGCGAUUGAGGAGCUCUUGGAAUUUGUCGUGAAGCAUGAUAUUCAAGUCAAAAUCGGGGAAUGGAAGCCUGAUGAUGCUGAGAAGAUGAGACAGGAAUAUUCGUCUGGCAUAUGCCUCGGUAUUCUAGCGCCUCUGCUCAUCGCGCAAUGCAACGGUCUUACACGUCCCCUCACCGCCAAACUCACGUCGCUCUCGUACCGAGACGAAUUCACGGGGGAGUAUGGCGUCGGGUUCGAUGACAAUUACCUCGUGACAGUUCUGAUCGUGGUGUUGACGGGUCUGCGGGAUGCUACUAUGCGCUUCGUUCUGGACCCGUUGGCGGCCGCCUGGGGACUGGGGAGGGCUAGAUCCAUGCGGUUCAAGGAACAGGCUUGGAUGGUGGUUUACUAUGCCACCUGUUGGUCUGUUGGCACGUACAUCUAUGCGUCUUCGUCGUAUUGGUUGGAUCUACAGGCUAUGUGGACGAAUUGGCCGAAUCGCGAAAUAUCAGGGUUGAUGAAGAUUUACAUGCUUGCGCAAUUGGCAUUUUGGCUCCAGCAGAUGAUUGUCAUCAAUAUCGAGAAGCGUCGCAAGGACCACUGGCAGAUGCUCUCUCACCACGUCGUUACAAUUGCUCUGGUGUACUGCUCGUAUCGAUAUGGCCUCACCCGCGUCGGCAAUGUCGUCCUCAUCCUCAUGGACUUUAACGAUCUAGUUUUCUCGAUCGCGAAGUGCCUGAAGUACAUGAAGUUACAGUCUUUGUGCGAUUUCAUGUUCGGCGCGUUCGUUGUAAGCUGGGUGCUGUGCCGCCAUACUGCGUUCCCGAUGGUAUGCUGGUCUGUUUACGCGCAUAGUCUAGCCAUCACCGGGCCGAACUGCUUCGUUGGCUCAGGAGAGAACAUCAUUGGUCCUCAAGAGGUUCCGGCAGAUAGCUAUUUCUAUCUGCUCGAACCAUUGAUCUACACCAAUGGGAGGAUAUGCUACGACUACACUAUCAAGACACUGUUCCUGAGCGGACUUCUGUUUCUAGAGGCACUUAUGCUUGUAUGGUUCGUCAUGAUUGUCAAGUUGGUCAUUCGAGUUCUUCGUGGUGGAAAUGCAGAAGAUACGCGCAGUGACAUCGAAGAAGAGGAAUACGAGGAGGGCCUGCCGAUCAAGAUUGAGGUUGAUGCCGAGAAACUCCAAUUUCCGAAGAAAUAUCCCUCCGGGGGUAAGGCCCAACCCGUCCGUCAUACGACUGCAACGCGUCCUGGCUCCAUGUCAAGCUGUAUACUCGCCGCUAUCCGUACUCAAGCCAAAACCAUCGUGAGACGAGCGAAUCGCAGCAAAGGCCAUUGA